AUUAAAAUUACAUCCAGUUAUUUCGUAAAUUUUAAUUUAAUUUUAGAAGUGAGUAAAGUGAUUAUGUUGUGAUACAAAUUUGAAGUGUACAGAAGUGAGUUAACAAUGGGGACCGGUAGUGAGACCAAGGACUCUGAAAAGGAAAAGUUGAACCCUAAUGGAUGGCUGCAGUCCCGGCCUAGCCAACAGUUCAACGUGAUCCGACGUGUCUACCAGCAGGAUGCUCUCAACAAGGAUGCUGAUUAUCAGGUUCCGGAGAAACCAUUGGGAUACAGAUGCAAGAGGGUAGUACAAAACUGUGGCUUUGGUGAUUGUCUCCUGAACUCGCUACCAAUUGCAAGAUGGCUGCCACGCUACAAUAUGAAGAAGGAUUUGGUUGGCGACCUGGUAGCCGGCGCUACGACUGCAGUCAUGCACAUACCACAAGGUAUGGCCUACGCGAUGUUAGCUGAAGUGCCUCCUAUAGUCGGUCUAUACAUGGCAUUUUUCCCAGUACUUAUAUAUGUGAUAUUUGGCACCUCACCCCAUGUGUCCAUGGGGACGUUCGCGGUCGCCUGCCUUAUGGCGGGUAAGGUAGUUUCACAGCAUUCAUCUCACUCGGAAUUAGUCAACGCUGUUAACGUCACAACUUCAGAAGGUCCACCUUUCUUAACCGGAGGAUAUUCGCCGGUGGAAAUACUCAGCGUACUUUCCUUAACUAUUGGCUUAAUGCAAGUGAUAAUGUGGAUGAUGAGACUGGGCGCGGUGUCCACUCUGCUCUCGGAGCCUCUCGUGUCUGGUUUCACGACCGCAGCCUCCUUCCAUGUUCUCACAUCUCAGCUGAAAGACCUCUUUGGGGUCAAGCUACCAAAAUUAGGAUCCAAUUACAAAGUUAUAUUUACAGCUAUUGAAAUUGUCAAGAGUAUACCAAACGCAAACUGGAUCGCGUUCGCGAUAUCCGCGAUCACGUGCACAAUAAUUGCUUUGAAUAAUGAAGUCUUAAAGCCUCGGAUAAGCAAGAUAAGUCGCGUCCCAGUGCCUAUAGAACUAAUGGCAAUAGUAUUCGGCACUCUGGCUUCUAAAUUUGGCAAUCUCAAAGAGUUAUACGGAGUUUCUUUAGUUGGAACUAUUCCUACUGGUCUGCCAGAACCCAAAGUACCGGCUAUAGAAAUGAUCCCUACGAUAGCCCUAGAUGCCUUCACCAUCACCAUGGUGACAUACACCAUAUCCAUGUCCAUGGCAUUGAUCUUCGCGACCAAGGAGAAGUAUGAAGUGGAUGCCAAUCAAGAGCUACUGGCUUUGGGAGCAAGCAAUAUGUUUGGGUCAUUCUUCGGUUGCGCCCCACUCUGCGCGAGUUUAUCCAGAUCUUAUAUCCAGUAUCAGGCAGGCAGCAAGACGUGUCUAACCUCAGUGGUUAGCGCUUCCUUGAUCUUAUGCGUUCUGCUCUGGGUGGGGCCCUUAUUCGAGCUGCUGCCUCGUUGCGUGCUGGCUUCCAUUAUCGUUGUGUCUCUGAAGGGCAUGUUCAUGCAGGUCAAGGAGCUGGCCAAAUUCUGGAAUCUGAGCAAAUUGGAUGCAAUCGUGUGGCUCGUCACGUUCUCGAUCACGUUGUUAAUAGACAUUGACAUUGGACUUGGAGCAGGAUUAUUAGCAAGUGUGGCGACAUUGUUCUGUCGUUCUCAAAAACCCUACACGUGUCUCCUCGGAAGAGUCCUGGAUACAGAUCUAUAUCUAGAUAUAAAGAGGUACCGAGCUGCAGAAGAAAUAUCUGGUAUCAAAAUAUUCCACUAUUGCGGUGGUCUCAAUUUCGCAACUAAGAAUCUGUUCCGUGUGACUCUGUUCAGGAAGAUCGGGUACUUUAAGCAGCAACAGGCUGAUGACGAAAGCAACCUCGCUAAGAGUGAAUCGCUUGAAUGGGACUCGAGUAUAAGCAAUAAGGUACAGUGUGUAAUAAUCGACGCCACUGCGUUGUCAUACGUAGAUGCGCCAGGGAUAAAAAGUCUCGUCGCAGCUCAAAAGGAACUGGUUACGAACGACAUCACAGUUCUACUUGCGGGCGCUAAUGGACCAGUAUUAGAAAUGAUCGAACGAUACAAUUCUCUAGAAUCUGAACAACUACAAUUAGACACGUUCCCCACCGUUCACGAUGCUGUUGUCUACUACAAAAUGUUAGAAGCAAAGAAAGAUACGUCUAUAACCAUACAAACGUGAUAAACGAUUUCUAUUACGUGUAUGUAGUUAAACAUAGACAUUGUUUUAAAUCAAUUGCAUUCUGAGGCUUAUGAUUUGUAAGAUAGAACUCAUAUUUGCUUGUCGUAAGUUUUUAAGCUUAUGUGCACGGACAAUAAAAUUAUACAGGACUUUAAAUAGUACAACCCGAACCAAGCAAGCUUCGGUUAUUUUGUCUCAUAGUGGUCUC